AUGCAGCGCUGGCCUGACCUUGCAGAUUCUGUAAGCAACUCAAUCGGCUUCCACAGCAGGACCGAGGAGGUUGCCCCGCUGCGCAAAUACCAGCCUGGGCAAGCCAUGCAGGGGCACGUGACGCAGGAGCUGUUCGUCCGCUCCCUGCGGUCCAAGGCCCUCGACAUGAAGACGCUCGGUAACAACCACUGGGCAUCGCCAACCGUCGCGGAGACGUUCAGCCCUAGAGGACUUGGGGACGGCUGGAGCGGAAAGACGAACACUCAUUGGAAGCCCCACGCGCCGACGGACUCGAAGGACUGGUUCGAGAGGCCAGUGGCGACUGGCAAGUUCAGCCUCGACCACAACGGAGGCAAGCGCUACGUCAUGGACUCCAGGCCGCGCACAUGCGUCCCAGGCUCCAUGUCGCACGCUGGCGGUCGGGGUUCGUCGCCAACUUCGCCAAGGUUCCCCGCCUCGGCCCGGGCACCGCGAUCAGCUCGUUGA